CGGGCUGCGGGCGGCGGCGGGCGCAGUCCCAGCGCGCACCGCUGGGUGGUGCCCUCGGCCAAGGCGGCGCCGAGCGGCUGCGGCAGCGGAGGCGGCCGAGCCCGGAGCAGCCCAGAGCAGCUGAGAUUAGAGCAGCGCAGAGCAGGCGGGUUUGACCGGGAACAGCCCAGCGCAGCAUAGCUCAGCGAAACAGCCCAGCGCAGAGUAGCUCAGCAGGGCGGGGGUGACAGCGGCAGCGGCGGCGAGCGCUGCCCUCUGUCACUCGCUGCCGGGACACCCCGGCUGCCUGACGAGCCGCCGGAGGAAUUACUGACACCGACCGAAGGCGCCCGCCCCGCACUCGGCCGCUUUCCGCGGGGAAUCGCCCGGGACAGCCGCCACACCGACACCGACACCGGCCGCCGCCGCCGCCGCGCCAUGGCGAUCGCAAGGCAAGUGCUCUGUGUCUGUGCUUUGCUGUCGCUGCCGCACGCUCGCGCCGAGCCCAUCCGCUACUCCGUGGCCGAGGAGGCGGAGAGCGGCUCCCUGGUAGGCAAGCUGGCGGAGGACGCGGGGCUGACGCCGGCGCAGCUCUCGGCUCGCCGCGCCCGCCUGGUGUGGGAGGACGGGCGGCAGCAUUUUCGCUUAGAGCGCGCCUCCGGCCGCCUCGUCGUGGCGGCCAGGCUGGACCGGGAGGAGCUGUGCGCCCAGGCCGCCACCUGCAUGCUCCCCUUCGAGCUGCUGCUCUCCAGCCCCCUGCAGUUCUUUCGGGUCGAGGUAUCCCUGGAGGACAUCAAUGACCACUCACCCGUUUUUCCCGAGGAACGAGUCAUUUUUAAGAUUCCAGAAACGACCGACCCGGGGUCUCGUUUCCCCCUGGAGGUGGCUCAAGACCUCGAUAUUGGCAGCAAUACAGUCCAGGCGUACAGCAUCUCUCCCGAGAACGAGUACUUUAGUAUCUCCUAUGGGAGUCACAGUGAGAAUGACAGAAGUGUGGAAUUGAUCUUGGAAAAGCCACUAGACAGAGAGGACCAGGCAGAGCUGAGUUUCAGUGUCAUUGCUGUGGACGGUGGCUCUCCACCCAGAAGUGGGACCACCCAGACCCACAUUAUUGUUCUAGAUGUAAAUGACAAUGCUCCUGCCUUCACACAGAAAAUCUAUGUUGGGAAGGUUUUGGAAAACUCACCAGAGGGUUCUGCAGUUGUAAGUGUGCUUGCAGCUGAUCAGGAUAUAGGAGUUAAUGGAGACAUCACCUAUGAGUUCAGCCAAGCAGUCAGUCAGACUGACAACCCGUUCACAAUUGACUCUAAGAGUGGUGAAAUUAGGCUCACAAAACCUCUGGACUUUGAGGCAGCACAGACUCAUGAGCUCAGUGUGAGGGCCAGAGAUGGGGGAGGCCUCUCAGCAAUCUGCAAAGUGUUGGUGGAGGUGGUGGAUGUGAAUGACAAUGCCCCAGAGCUGGUGGUCAGUUCCUUCAGCAGUCCCCUCCCCGAGAACACAGCGCCGGGCACAGUGGUGGCCCUGUUUUCCGUCAGGGACCGGGAUUCUGGUGCCAACGGCAAGAUCUCCUGUGCCCUGGAGGAUCAGCUCUUCUUCUCCCUGCGGCCGGCCUAUAAGAAUUACUAUGAGCUGGUGACAGUGAGCGCGCUGGACCGCGAGGAGACGGCUCAGCACGUGCUGAGGGUCACAGCAGCAGAUGCGGGCUCGCCUGCUCUCACAAGCACGCACACCUUCAGCGUGGACAUCUCGGAUGUCAACGACAACGCCCCCGUCUUCAACCAGACCUCGUACACCAUGUAUGUGCGUGAGAACAAUGUCCCCACAGCGUUUGUGGGAGCCGUCAGCGCCGCCGAUGCGGACGAGGGGCUCAAUGCCAAGGUGACCUAUUCCCUGGCGCCAGUGCAAGCGGCAGAGCGGUCCUGGUGCUCCUGCAUCUCGGUGGACUCGGAGAAGGGACACGUGUUUGUGCUGCGGCCCCUGGACUACGAGCGCUUGAGGCAGGCCGAGGUGACGGUCAGUGCCUCUGACGCGGGCUCUCCUCCUCUCAGAGCCAACGUCACCGUCCGCCUGCUGGUGCUGGACCAGAAUGACAAUGCGCCGCUCGUGCUGUACCCAGGCCAGGACGGCAGCCCGGCGCCCGCCGAGCUGGUGCCCGUGUCGGCCGAGGCGGGCUACCUCAUCACCAAAGUGGUGGCCGUCGAUGCCGACUCGGGACAGAACUCGUGGCUCUCCUACCACCUGCUGAGGGCCACCGAGCCCGGGCUCUUCAGCGUGGCUGUGCAAAGCGGGGAGGUGCGUCUCAGGAGGCCCGUGACAGACAGAGACAGCGUGAAGCAGAAGCUCGUUGUCCUGGUCAGAGACAACGGCCAGCCCCCGCUCUCAGCCACCGCAGCUCUCAGCGCCCUCCUGCUCAAGGACUUCUCUGACGUGCACCUCCCGCACAGCAGCGCCGCCACAGAGGAUCAGGACGGCUCCCUCACCACCUAUUUAAUCAUUUCCUUGGUCUUUGUCUCGCUGCUCUUCCUCGUCUCCACCGCACUCUUUGUGGCUCGCAAGGUGUGCAAGAGAAAGGAGCUGGAGGCUGGCCCUGUGCUUUAUGGUGCCGACAACUUGCAGAGCGGCCUGGCCGAUGCAGCCGCUGCAGGGAGCCUGCCCCGCGCCUAUUGCUACGAGAUCAGCCUCACCACGGGCUCGGGCAACAGCGAGUUCAGAUUCCUCAAGCCCAUCGUCCCCAGCCUGCCCCCACAGCACUGUGCCACGGGCCAGGGCCCUGAUGAGGAGCAGGAUUUCCCCUGUGUCCCUGUCAGCACCGAGGACAUGGCCCCAGACAAUCGUGGCACUCUCUCUGCAGGACAGUUCAACGCUCUUUCUUUCAACUAGCUGGGGUGUGCACAAAGAGAGCCUUCAGAGCUCAUGGUAGUUAGGGAUCCAGCCUUCACCAUGAAGCAAUUGUUCCUCCAGGGUAAACCUGUAUUUCCUAUUGGCAUAUCCAGGUUUCUGCAAAUUUAAAGUUGUCAUAAAUGUUCUCAGCUUCUCCAAAAACAGAAAGAGGGAAAUUAAUGAAAGUCAGGGUCUCAUCAUAGCAGUAAUACACUUCCGCUCUGUAAUGGUCAUUUCUGAUCUGGUUUAAGAUGAGGAUUGCCCUCCAGCUAUGCUCUCUUGCUGUCACACCAGACCAUGAGCCUCAAUAAUUGCUAUGACACAAUGGCACAAUUAAGCAAACAAUUCUCACACUUGCUGAAAUGGCUCAAAGCCCCUACUCCAGCUCAGAAAAGCAAGCUAGUUCAGAAUACUGUCAUGAUGUUCUUUUAGUAUAAGGUUUUUCAUUCUGCGGUUUUGUAAGUCUCUGUCUGGAAUGGUUAAGCUCUGUAUGCUACACCUUGUUCUCUAUGUCUGUGUGUAUGGCCAUUGUGCAUCUGCAGAUGCUUCACUACUGCUGCACAGUGAAACAGGGAGUUGAUCCCACCCAGCCAUUGCUGGCAAUUCCAGCACUGCAGGUUAAAAGGCUAUUUUGACACUAUGAGUACAAGGAUGUCAUCUUCUGUAAGCCAGAGAGGAGCAGGAAAAUGUGCAACAAAAUCUUCCUUUGGCCUAUGUGUGUGUUUGGUUUUCUGGUCACUUCCAGUGCUCACGGAAAUACAUCACCAGAAGAUGUGUUAGGGUAGGCUAUAAAUAUAAAGAGUCAUAAAAACUGAUUAUCUUUGUGUGCAUGAAAAGGACACAUGUCCAUCCAAGAAAAUUUGUUGAAGUUUGAAUCAAAAAAAAUGUGAAGAAAGGACCUUGAGUUUUGUUUCCUCAUUCUUGUUUAUGAAUUCAGUGGCUUCUUGGUGGGACUGGAAAGUGGUCCAUAAAGGAUUUUCUCCAUUUGUGUUAGAGCAUUUGCCAUCCCAUUUUUGUCCUUUCUCCUUCUACCUUUUGAACUAUACAGAGAAUUCUUUUCCCUGCUCCUCUAGAGAAGACAGCCACCCCAUCUAUAACAACUGAUUGUUUGAAUGAUCUGUGUGAUGCAUGGCAUUUUCAGAAAGAAUCCCUGACCCUGUAUUGUGCUGGACUUAAACAGUUUAACAUUGUAAACUGCUAUAACCAUGAGUGUAAGAAUUGAAACAAUAUGUAGAACUGAAAUAAAGAGAAGAGCCAAACUCAUUUUGAAAA